AUGGACCUGACAGAUUUGAGUAUGGACAUUUUAUCUAUGAUGAGCAGGUUUAUGUCCUCACGAUCAGCCAACCUGAUCAGCAGCUCCACUGGCACAACCAGCAACAACUUGUCUUGCAAAGGGAAAGGAGGCUCCACUGUAUACCUUAGUCCCUUGUUGUAUACGGACUGUGACGACCAGCAGGGCUACGUUAAGAAUGCCAGGAAGACUCACAGUCAGAUAGAGAAGAGACGCAGGGAUAAGAUGAACAGCUUCAUAGAUGAGCUGGUAUCAUUAGUGCCCAUGUGCAAAACUAAAUCACGCAAACUGGACAAACUAGUCUUGCAAUACGCAGCCCAACACAUGAGGAUGUUACAAGGUUCUGCUGCCGACCGUUACGCAGAAGUUAAUCACAAACCGGCUUUCUUAGCAGAGGAGGAGCUAAGACACUUAAUACUGAAGGUAGCUGAUGGCUUUUUGUUUGUUGCUGACUGUGAUCAAGGGAAAAUACUGUUUGUUUCUGAAUCAGUAUACUAGAUCCUAAACUAUAGCCAGAAGGACCUGACUGGCCAGAGCCUAUUUGAGUACCUGCAUCCGAAAGACAUUGCCAAGGUCAAAGAGCAGCUGUCCUCAACAUACAUUGUUCCACAAUAGAGAAUCAUCGAUGCCAAAAGUGGUCUUUUAUUGAAGACAGACAUCAGCCCAGGUUCUUUAAGACUUUGUUCAGGGGUGAGGCGCUCAUUUUUCUGCAUGAUGAAGCGUAACCGAAAUAGGGAAGAUGAUGAUAUUUCCUCCAGCUGCUCGAAAAAAAAAGCCUUUCGUAAGAGGUUUUGCACCAUUCAUAGCCCCGGUUACCUAAAAAGUUGGUCCCCAACUGAGGUGGAUCUGGAGGAAAAUGAUGAGCCAGACAAUGAUGGAUACAACUUAAGCUGUCUGGUGGCUGUUGGUCGGUUGCAUUCCCACACUGUUUCUCAGCCAGUGCAGAAUCACUUCAGGGUCAAGCACAUGGAGUUUGUUUCACGUCAUGCUAUUGACGGGAAGUUUGUCUUUGAUCAAAGGGCCACUGCCAUUUUGUCUUAUUUACCUCAAGAACCGCUGGGAACAUCAUUUUAUGAAUACUUUCAUGAAGAUGACAUUGCUCAUUUAGCAGAAUGUCACAGGCAAGUGCUACAGAUGAGAGAGAAGAUCAAUACAAACUGCUACAAGUUACAAACAAAAGAUGGCUCAUUCAUCACACUAAGAAGCUGCUGGUUCAGUUUUAUGAACCCUUGGACCAAAGAAGUGGAGUACAUUGUCUCUACCAAUACUGUAGUCAGUCCUUCAGGUGGCACUGCGAAGCGGCACAUAAGUAUCUUACAGCCAUGUAGUGUUGCAGGUGAAGGGAAGCUGGACUUCCAAACAGUUCCUGGACGUCCUGGUGGUACAGGGCAGGAGCUGCAAAGAAAUUAUUGGAGAUCCAGAGAUAUGAAAAACCCGGUGCUGGCAAAGGUUGAGAAUAUGGGCUGGGAGAAGGAGAGAGACAACCGAGCACAAAACUACUCAACAACACCGGAGGUCGCAACAUCAGUUCAGCCUAAAGAGGAUUUCUUUGAAGCGCUGGAUUCUGCAGAGGAGGCUUAUGCUGUUGGCUCUGGGCCCACUCCUUCAGGACAAGCUGAGGGAGGUCAAGAUCUACUAGACACUGGUGUUCUCAUCGAUUAUGUUUCCUGCCUGUCGGCUAUACCUGUCAACCAGGUUCUUGAGGCUCUAAGGCUGCAAAGGAGGUGUCAAGGCAAUAUGGUUAUGGUGCCCCUGGCGCUCCAUGCUGCAGCAUGCUGGGAGUAG